AUGCCCGGACUGAGUGCUGAUCUGGUAGUACACAAGCUGCCAAUCAACCCUGAAUGCUCUCCCGUUCAACAAAAGCAGAGAAAAUUCAAAACCGAUGCGUUAACAGAUCACUUGGCUGAAAACCCGAUUGACGAGGAAUACCAACCGCUGAAUACCUAUUUCCCGGAUGAAGAGGUAAACACAAUAGAGGUCGUCUUGGAAGACGCCCAUGUUUGGAAGAUGUUCUUUGAUGGGGCUGUAAACGCUAAAGGUGUAGGAAUUGGAGCAAUCUUGAUCUCCCCUACUGGCCAACACUACCCGGCUACAGCUAGAGUCCGUUUCUUCUGCACGAACAACACAGCUGAAUAUGAAGCUUGCAUUUUGGGCAUGAACAUGGCAAUCGAUCAAGGUCUUGAAGAUUUGUUGAUCAUGGGAGAUGCUGAUCUGAUUAUCCGUCAAGUCCAGGGUGAAUGGGAAACUCGAGAUGUCAAGCUCAUCCCUUAUCGGCAGCACGUGGAGGAUCUCGACAAGCGAUUCAAGUCAAUAGAGUUCAGGUACAUCCCGUGGUGUCACAAUGAGCUGGCUGACGCACUUGCCACCCUAGCUUCAAUGUUGCCCUAUCCAGGCAAUGCCCACAUCAAUCCCUUGGAAAUCCAAGUCAGGGAGAGACAUGGUUACUGCAAUGUAAUCGAGGCCGGACCAAAUGUCCAACCGUGGUACCAUAAUAUCAAGAGAUUUCUGAAGACACAGGAAUACCCUGAAAAUGCUACCGGAGAUCAAAAGAGGACCAUUAGGCGGCACGCAAAUGGUUUCUUUUUGAGCGGUGAGGUCCUAUAUAAAAGAACACCAGAUCUUAACCUCUUAAGAUGUGUUGAUGCCGAAGAAUCAGGGAGAAUCAUGCAUGAAGUGCAUGGAGAUCUAAUUCAUGCACCUCCAACUGAGUUACACCCCAUGUCAGCACCGUGGCCUUUCGUCGCUUGGGCUAUCACUCUUAAAUCGGUCACCAAGAAAGCUGUGGUGGAUUUCGUACACUCAAAUCUCAUUUGUCGUUUUGGUAUUCCUGCAACUAUCAUUACAGACAAUGCUACAAACCUGAAUAGUCGGUUGAUGGAAGAAAUAUGCGAACAAUUUAAAACAACGCAUAUGAACUCCACUCCCUAUCGGCCCAAAGCCAAUGGCACCGUUGAAGCAGCGAACAAGAACGUCAAAAAGAUUUUGAGGAAGACAAUCCAGAGCUCUAGACAGUGGCAUGAACAAUUACCCUUUGCUCUAUUGGGAUAUCGAACUACGGUACGCACAUCGGUAGGAGCAACCGCAUACUUGCUAGUUUAUGGAACAGAGGUUGUGAUACCAGCAGAGGUGGAAAUCCCCUCGCUUCGAACGAUUGUUGAAGCAGAGAUUAAAGAUAGCGAGUGGGUUAAAACUCGACUGGAACAAUUGACAUUGAUUGAUGAAAAGAGAAUUGCUGCAGUCUGUCACGGGCAGUUGUACCAACGAAGGAUGGCCCGUGCUUAUAACAAGAAAAUACUGCCGAAAGGAGCAUUAUAUCUGGGAGAUAUGGAAGGAAUUGAUCCUGAAACAACUGUGAAUGCAGAUGCUGUCAAAAGCAAACUCAAUCUGCUCAGUGGCGUAGCUGCUUGCUGUAUUGGUUUUCUUCCUGGGAUUCAUUGUUGGUAUAGCCUAGCCUGGGUUUAUACUGCUUGGCCUUCUGAUCCUGCUAUUGCUACUUGGUUUAUUGCUCGGUUUCAUCAUCUAUUCCUGGAUUUUUCUUUCAUUACUUGGCUGUCUGGCUUCCUAUUCUGCUGUGGAAUAUUUGCUGAGUUAUUUGCUAUUGUUGCCUGCUGUUUGACUGAUUGCCUAAUUGCUGCAUGUUAUCCUGAUAAUUGA